GCCACGUGCAGACAAAGAUGCUGCUCCAGGUGGUUGUGGCACUGUGCGCUGUGGCACCUCUGUGUGCUGCCACUGCAACUUGUUCAUACGAUGAUUCAAGCCUCCUUGACUGGGACUCGGCGGCGACUUGGGGUGGGGAAGAGUACAUGCCAAAGGCUAAGGAGACAGCGACAAUCCCUAAAGGAAAGCACGUCCGUCUCAACGUUUCCCCGCCAGAUCUGAAAGGGAUCGUCAUCGAGUCUGAGGCUAGUCUUGUUUGGGGCAAUGUUGGCGGUCUUACAGUCACCACAGACUACAUUCACGUCAAGGGCUCGUUCAUCGUCGGGGACGAAGAUUGCCCUUUCACCCAAAAAGCUCAUAUUAGGCUGACGGGUAAAUCCAAUACUGGCAAAAAAUUGCCGGGUAUAGGUAAGAAGGUUAUAGGUGUGGACGCGGGUGGCACUAUAGAACUCCACGGCGCCGUGAAGAAGUCAUGGUCAUACCUCAUACAGACAGCAAAGCCGCCCUCGGAAACCUGUGGAGUCAUUUUUGAUUUACGGGAGAGUAAGUUCCAGUGGGAGAGUGGAAAGGGGUUGUUUGGCAUCAUCUUUAACCUGGACGGCAGCGUGUACGACUUUGGAGUCUUUAAAACAGCCGACGAGAAGGUCAAGACAGCUGAAGAAAUGUUCCAGGGCUUCAUCGACGGCAUACCCGAUGAUAAGAUUCUGGUAGUUGCUGUGAACGGAGAUUUUGGCAAGGGGACAGUGUCACGUGACUGGGACAUGAUCUACGAAGCCGUAGAAAGUGUGGGGGGUCUGACGUCAUCGCUCCUGAGGCAAGUCAAGGGUCGAGAAGCAUAUGCCUUCAUCACAAGGACAGGGAAUGCAUCGUCUACCCAGGAGGAACACGUUCGCUUCAAGAAGAAUGAAGAGUUUGUGUCCACGAGCGAGCUGUCCAUAUUGGACGAUACCCAUAGCCUGAAAUUCAGCGUGGUAGGCAUAGUAUCAGCCGAUGUAAACAAGAACAAAGAGCUUGAGGUCCGUGUUCUGUCGGAUGACGUGGUACGGCCUAGGAUUAAGCUGAACGCUGACGUCACUUCCUGGAAACCCGAUGACAGGAUUGUCGUGGCAUCGACCGAUUUUGACUGGCGACAGGCAGAAGAGUUUAAACUGGUUAAAUGUGACGACUGUCAAGCCAAUGAAGUCCGUCUGGACCAUUCCUUCGAGCAUGUUCACUAUGGCGAGAUAACUCUCGACGUGGAUGAGAGAGCGGAAGUUGGGCUCCUGACGCGCAACAUCUUGAUUGAGGGCAUCUUGGAAGAUGAAUGCUACGAGAACGAUAAAGAGGACAAGUUCCUGUGCGACAUCUUCAAAAGAGACAUGUACGGGGGACAUGUAAAGGUCGUUCGAGGAUUCGCUGCUGCACAUAUCGAAGGAGUUGAACUUUAUCAUAUGGGGCAACAGAAAUUCAUUGGAUCCUACGCGCUUCACUUCCACAUGUGUGAUGACGUGGAGGGCAACUGGUUCCGGAACAACUCUAUCCAUCAUGCCCUGACGCGCUGUGUGACGGUGCAUGGAACCGACCACGCGGAGGUUAGCGACAACGUGUGUUACCUGACACAUGGUCACAGCUACUUCCUUGAGGACAGCGCUGAGCAGUGGAACAUCUUCGACGGUAACCUCGGUCUGGGAACCCAGCACGGUGCUCACACACUGGCAGACAUGCGCAAAGAGUGGUGCAAUGCUACGAUGAAGGGAUAUUGCGAUGGUUUGUCCACCUUCUGGCUGACGCACCCCAACAACUACGUGAGGAACAACGUUGCUGCCGGCUCCGAUAAGGUUGGCUUCUGGUACAUCAACUCCUUCCUGCCCAUUGGUCCCUCUAGGGCGAGACAGGAGGAGAGGAAGCUAGUUGGCUUCAAACAUGCCUACCAUUCCAAGAUCCUGGAGUUUGAUAACAACGUGGUCCAUUCUUGUAACGGGCGAGGACUGCGUCUCGAUGAUCGACUGUCCGAAGGGAUAUAUGUUGGUAAAGUGUAUGUUCCCCCGAACGGAGUGAUGCAAGACGAGACCACCCACGUGCCAAGAGACCCUCCACAAGCUGAUGGGAAACUCGUUACUUCGCGCAUGACCAGGUUUCGUGCUUAUAAAAACAAAAUUCAGAAUGUAUGGACUAAAGGCGGAAAUCUGGUGCUGAAUCGCUUCACGAUAGCAGACUCGAAUCGUGGACUUUCCAUGGCCAGAGGUAUUGAACACACAUACACUGAAAUCAAGAAUUCAAUCUUCGUUGGUGAAACGAACAACGUUGGUCGCAGACAGUCACCAUUUAAUCGUUCCCGGACUGGAAUGCCGGACGAUGUUCUUCAGGGGGUGAUUUUCUACCAAGGCCCCGGCAUUGUCACCAAUUGCUUCUUUAACAACUACACAUUCAAGUACACGGACACGCUGUUCAGAGCUGCGGGGGCAAUCAGCCUGAGACGGAACAGUACCUACCACGCAUCCCCUACUAGUGGGGUGUCCGGCAUCACCUUUGGGUUUUGUGACAAGGUUGGUGGAAACUGGGUUUUCAAUGGCAACCUGUCCGUACCUGGGUUCGCCGACCAAGACGGCAACAAACAAGCCAAUUUCCAUGACUACGAUGGCAGCGUGACCGGAACAGCUGGGACACAGGUGGUCAAGAAUGAACGGUUCUUUACCACAGGGAGAUGCCGGUACGAGGAGACAUGGAACAUGGCAGUCUGCCCAUAUGAAUAUGCCAGGGUUAUACUGGACGGGAAAGGAGGGGUCCUGGAAACACGCCCGAAGGACUACGCCAUGACGAUAAGGAGGGACGACCGACCAGCUGAUGCGUUUCAGAUACGUGGUCUAAGGAAAAUCAGCUACCUAGUCUUAAAGAGCAUGUCCUACACCGCUUACUUCAACGGGAAAGCUCCAACUGAACUCGAGGUCAUUGGCGAGAAUCUAAAAAAGGGCGAUUCCUUCCGAAUCGGUUUGUGUUUCCCCAAAGAUGUUGAAAGUUUUACCUUCGAAAGUCAGUUUCCUGUGAUCGACGAAGAUUCACCUGCCACCCAACUGGCAUCCAUUGACGAGCUUGACAAGGAUUCUUCUGGUACAGCUUACUUCUGGGACAAGGCUAGAGGUCUGCUGUUCGUGAAGUUAGUCGGGACGGCAGACCGUAUUGAUCACGAGAUCUGCCCCGGUAGGCAGUGCCCAUACAUUACGAUCAAACGCGUGGGUGGGAGCGACAAGACCGUUGACUGUUACAAGGAUGCCUACGUGGAUGGACCAUACACCAGGAAGGAGGAUAAAUCAGCGCCCAUACCAAAGCCAGCUACUUGUAAGAUUGGAACACCCAAGGGUUUAGGAGCUCCAAUUGCGCCGAACAACUACCCGACCGGGCCUUUUCAACCGUCGUGUCCAGCGGCGCCAAAAUAUCCAAAGCCAGUCCUCAAGGGUUGUUACAAAGAUGUCUCUGAUCAUCACGAUCUGCCAUAUGAAAGGAUAGAUCUCUUCUCAUCAAUGACGAUAGAGCAUUGUUCUGAAAGGUGCUAUAGGAAGCAGUACGCCUACGCUGGACUUCAGAACGGCAACCGAUGUUACUGUGGACACACCUAUGGAGCAUAUCUCGAAACGCCCGACGACUGUAACAAGCCCUGCACUGGAAAUAAAGAUACAAGCUGUGGCGACAUGGACAGGAAUUCUGUAUAUCAUACAGGAAUAGAGCCCAAAAGUUCAAGCCUACAGGCAUGUGGACCUGAGAAUGCCGGUGUUGUGAUCAAUAGCCAGUGCUAUUACCUGACGCCAGAGGAGGGCGCCUACGCUGAUGCCCAAAAGACAUGCGUUAACCUUGUGGGGAACCUUGCUACCAUCAGUUCAGAACAAAUUCAGGAUGACGUGGUAGAGUACAUGCGACCCAAAGGGGUAGACGCGUGGUUUGGCCUCAAUGAUAUUGCAGAAGAAGGGACGCUGGCGUUUGUGGACGGAACGCCCGUCGGCAACUACGACAAUACACAGAGUGGUCAAGGGGUCAGCGCCAACCAGGACGGAUACGUUAUUCGGGCAAGUGUUCUCUACAAAUGGGACGACCGUUCUGUCUCGGAGAAGAACAAGGCGCUGUGUCAGUUUGCCGUUGGUUCCCAGCCGCCAACAGGAGAGAGUUGUGGUGUCAACGGUUUUGGCAAUCGGUUCGGAUCCGGAUCCUGCUACGCAGUGAUCAACUCUCUGGGCAGUCAGUUUGAAUCCCAGUACGCCUGCUACACACGGAUGGGCACUCUGGUCACGGUCACGGACGACAACAGGGCUGAAAUCCUUCAACACAUCUAUGUGUAUGGAGACUCGGUGGACUAUUGGACAGGGGAGGAGGGGCUAAGAAACCCUACGAAUUAUCUUCGAAAAUGCUCUACGGCAAAGUUGCUGCAUCGUCUGGCAAGAAAAACGGCGCUGUGUGCUUACUGGAAACCAUCUCAGCAAACAAGAGAUGUUCAACAGGGUGGAAGUACCUAGAAGCCAGCAAGAGGUGUUACCUCUAUACCAGUGGCUUUGCGAAAACCUUUGACAUUGCUCACGCAUUAUGCACACAAGGUGUCAGUAGCAUGGUGACCAUCAAGAAUCCAACGGAAAACGAUUUUGUGGCCAAAACCGUGAAUGACAUAUCCAAGAAAAAUGUCUUCCUUGGUACCAAGUACAACUCAGCGUCAGAAAUGUUUGAGUGGCUUGAUGGAUCGGAGUUCAGUUAUAAAAACUGGGCUUCGUCGCAAGGUCCCACCGUAGGGGAGUCCAAAGGGAAAUGCGCACGGUUGCGCUCCUCCGAUGGGAAAUGGUUCAACAGGAAAUGUGCGAAAACAGGAAACGUCAUCUGUGAGGCGCCUGCAGGAGAGUAAAUUUUAGAAAUAUUGUGGACUGAAUCUCCAAAUGGUUUAACUUUUGAAUCAUUUGCGAAUAAAACUACAUGCAAUGUAUAACUCUAAGAAGUUCGAGUCAUAAUAAAAUUUCAAGUCAGAA